UUUGAGCAGUUAGUUGAAUUUCUCACUUUAAGGCCUGGUCUAUAAAGUUACAAGAAAUUGUUGAAUGGCUCACUGAGAAAUUCUGGAAUCUGAGGACCACAUUGGAAUCCAAAAACAGUAUACCUUCCAUAAUACUGGGUCGUACAGAAUGAAUGCUAAACCCAGGAGAAUGUCACUUCAGAAUAACAGAGUCCUAUCUGUUCUAAGAUGGUCUGUGUGACUAUGACAAUGAAGAAAUUGCUUACAGUUACCAGCAACAGAAUCUUCUUUGGUAUUCAUAUGGAAAAAGUACCAACCUUUAAUGUGAAGUUACCUUCAAGAUCAUUCACAAAACGAUUUAUGAUGGAGUCUGUACCUCCUGAGCUGCCAGCAGACACCGUGCGGCGCAUUGCGGCUGAACUAAACUGUCACCCAACAGACCAGAGGGUGGCUCUCCACCUAGAUGAGGAAGAUAAGCUGAGACAUUUCAGGGACUAUUUCUAUAUACCCAAGAUGCAAGAUCUGCCUCCAAUUGACUUAUCUUUAGUGAAUAAGGAUGAAAAUGCCAUCUAUUUUGUGGGAAAUUCUCUUGGCCUUCAACCAAAACUGGUUAAGACAUAUGUGGAAGAGGAACUUGAUAAAUGGGCCAAAAUAGGUGCCUAUGGUCAUGAUACAGGCAAACGACCGUGGAUUACAGGGGAUGAAUGUAUUGUGGGCCUUAUGAAGGACAUUGUAGGAGCCAACGAAAAGGAAAUAGUCCUAAUGAAUGGUUUGAGUGUUAAUUUACAUCUCCUAAUGCUAUCAUUUUUUAAACCCACAUCAAAACGGUAUAAAAUUCUUCUAGAAGCAAAGGCCUUCCCUUCUGAUCAUUAUAUUAUUGAGUCACAACUUCAACUUCAUGGACUUAAUGUUGAGAAAAGUAUGCGAAUAAUAAAGCCAAGACAGGGGGAAGAUCUCUUAAGAAUGGAGGAUAUCCUUGAAGUCAUUGAGAAGGAAGGAGAUUCCAUCGCAGUGAUCAUGUUUAGUGGGGUGCACUUUUAUACUGGACAGAUCUUCAACAUGCCUGCCAUAACUAAAGCUGGACAAGCCAAGGGUUGUUUUGUUGGCUUCGAUCUAGCACAUGCAGUUGGAAACAUUGAACUCCACUUGCAUGACUGGGGUGUGGAUUUUGCCUGCUGGUGUUCCUAUAAGUAUUUAAAUUCAGGUGCAGGAGGUCUUGCUGGUGCCUUUGUCCAUGAAAAACAUGCCUAUACAAUUAAACCUGCGUUAGUGGGAUGGUUUAGCCAUGAACUGAGCACUAGAUUUAAAAUGGAUAACAAACUAAAAUUAAUCCCAGGAGCCAGUGGAUUCCGAAUUUCAAAUCCUCCCAUGUUGUUGGUCUGCUCCUUGCAUGCUAGUCUAGAGAUCUUUAGAGAAGCAACCGUGAAAGCAUUGAGAAGAAAAUCUAUUUUGCUUACCGGCUAUCUGGAAUAUUUGAUCAAACAUUAUUAUAGCAAAGAUAAAUCAGAAACCAAGGAACCAAUGGUGAUCAUAAUUACUCCAUCCCAUAUAGAGCAAAGGGGCUGCCAGUUAACACUAACGUUUCCUAAUUCUGAGAAAAAUAUGUUUGAAGAACUAUCAAAAAGGGGAGUGGUUUGUGACAAGAGGGAACCAAAUGGCAUUCGAGUGGCUCCUGUUCCUCUCUAUAAUUCUUUUCAUGAUGUUUAUAAGUUUGUCCGCCUGCUCACUUCUAUAAUUCACCCUGCAAAAACAAAGAACUAGCAAUGCUUUCUACAGUAACUUGAGAAACUAUCACAAAAAGUCUAGUGGUUAUUUUACUAUAAUUCAAAUUUAAUUAUUAAUGGGAUUGCAAAAUUGAUUUAUAAAACUGUCAAUAAAUCAUAUAUUUUAGAGAAAAA